UAGGAGUGAAAAACAGCAGGACGUUAGAUCUCCAGGAACAGGGUUGGGGACCACAUAAAUAAAUGAUCUGAACAGAUUGGCUUUUGGAUACAGUUUGUGUUCAUACAAAUAGCCAUAGCCAUUAUUUUUGUAAAAAUAUAGCUUGAGUUGGAUUUUAUUUUUUAAUUUUGGAGGUUGUAUCACACCCUAUCAAUACAAUUAAGUCUUUGGUAUGAGCUUGCAUACUGUUCAACUAGUGUUCAACAGAGCUGAAUUGUGUCGGACGCUGCGCGCAGCCCCGAAUGCGUCUUCGUCACGCAACUGCGCAGUGCUUCUACAACUCAACCUGUGUGAUUCAGAUUUCCGGGCAGCAUCUAGUUCAAGAUGGCGGUAGUUAGGUCGGGCCGAACGUCCACUGUGCUGUCCUCCGUGCCCUUCCAGAUAACGCUCUACCUGUCGGCCGUCUACUUCCUCUUCUACUUCCUGUCCACGCUCUGCAUGAUCGUCUACAAGAGCCAGGUGCUGAGCUAUCCUGAUGGAAACCUGACCCUGGAUCUGUGUCUGCUAUUCCUCAUGGCUGCGCUGGAGCUUCUGAGACUGUACUGGGGUGUGAAGGGGAACCUGCAGGAGAGUGAGCGGGGUGUGGGGGCGAGUCUGGCUAUGACGGGGGGAACGGUGCUGCUGUGCUUGUACUUCCUGCUCUGGCAGUCCUACGUGCUGCGAGCCGACGUCAUCAUCAACGCCGCGCUGCUGGCCGGCUACCUGCUGGCCUUCCUCCUGGGGUUCGUCACGCUGGCGCGAUUCGCCAGUGCCUACGCGUGAAAGAGUUAAUCCUCUCAUGCCUCUGCUGCUGACUACGUGGGACGCCCCUGGCUGCUGCACCCCACCCUCCCACCCCCACCUUCACAGCAGCGGGUUCAAUUCACCGUUGGGACGUCCCGUUCUGGAUCAGAGGCAUUUGGGUUAAAGUCAUAGGGCAGGUUCACAUUGAGCUGUUCCCUUUGCUGCGCUUUGCUCCCCCAUGCCUCAAAACAGAUAAAAACAUUUUUACCUAUUAAUGUAUGGUCCAAUGAAACCCAUCCCUGUUCCCUGAUUGGUCUGUGGUGAUUACAUCAUAGACAUGCAGCUCACCACCGCUUCCCUGAUGGUAUGACAGGUUUCACGGUGGUACCCAUACCCCUGUUCCA